GAGGCAGCGAGCGGAAUGCAGCGGCCGGAGGCCUGGCCACGUCCGCACCCGGGGGAGGGGGCCGCGGCCGCCCCGGCCGGGGGCCCGGCGCCGCCCGCCCGAGGCCGGGAGCCCGCGGGGCUGCGGUUGCAGGAACCUUCCCUCUACACCAUCAAGGCUGUCUUCAUCCUGGAUAAUGACGGACACCGCCUGCUGGCCAAGUAUUACGAUGACACAUUCCCCUCCAUGAAGGAGCAGAUAGCCUUCGAGAAAAAUGUCUUCAACAAGACCAGCCGGACUGACAGUGAGAUUGCAUUUUUCGGGGGCAUGACCAUCGUCUACAAGAGCAGCAUUGACCUCUUCCUGUAUGUGGUGGGCUCAUCCUACGAGAACGAGCUGAUGCUCAUGUCUGUUCUUACCUGCCUGUUUGAGUCCCUGAACCAUGUGUUAAGGAAGAACGUGGAGAAGCGCUGGUUGCUGGAGAACAUGGACGGAGCCUUUCUGGUGCUGGACGAGAUUGUGGAUGGCGGUGUGAUUCUGGAGAGUGACCCCCAGCAAGUGAUCCAGAAAGUGAAUUUUAGGGCGGAUGACAGCGGCUUAACUGAGCACAGUGUGGCCCAGGUUCUUCAGUCUGCCAAGGAACAGAUUAAAUGGUCGUUACUGAAAUGAAGGCUGUGCAUUCAAGGCUCCCUGCCCCCAGACCAUUCCCCCAAUCCUGGCAAAGGCACAAAGAUCCCAGGGGACACCGGAGACCCCCCCCCCCCACCUCUAUAUCCCCAGGCCUUCCCAGAACUGACUCGAGGUCUCCGGCCAGGGACUCUGAGAGGCAGAGGUUUGGCUUCAACACUGAGUCACCCCUUCUCACUGUCCUGGCCUGCUCUUUGGGCCUUCAGAACCCGCUGAGCUGCCUUAACUCAGACCCUAGGCAUCCCUGGCCCCAGAGCCCAAAUAAACCUGCUUUUGUCUCCUG